AUGUUCGAUGCUCAUGUCGCAAUCUCAGCGCACGGGGCUGAUACAGUAGCUCUUGAAGCUGCACAUCCAGAGCAAAGCAAGUCCAUCCCUUGUCGAUCUAAUGAUGGACAACAGCUCGAGGCUCAAGUAAUCCCAUUUCAAUAUACUUUUCUCCGUAAAUCUACGAACAUCAGGAUCCUGGAGAUAAAGCCUGAUGAGCCCAAUAGUGAGAUCGAUGUCGUACUGCAUGAGAGGGAAAUUGAGGAUGAAUGUCCCUACCACGCCUUGUCAUAUGUGUGGGGUUCGCCCAACUUCACGCACAAAGUGUAUUGCUCUGAAGGGUACAUCAAAGUCACUGAGAAUCUACAUGAGGCUCUCAGACUUUGCCGUCGACUAGACCUGUCGAUACUUCUCUGGGUGGACGCAAUCUGUAUCAAUCAGGCGGACGUUGACGAACGAUCGCGGCAGAUCCUGCUAAUGCGAAGGAUAUAUUCUGGGUCGCAAUGGGUCUUUGUCUGGCUUGGUUAUGAAAUGCCAUCUGAUGCAAAGGCCUACGACUUCAUAAGACAUACUGUCGAAACAUAUAGCGAGAGACUCAAUGGAAGUUGGGACGAUGCUCUGGAGAUACGUAAAAUCAGCUGUGAUAUUUUAUCUUCCGCCACUGAGGAGAUCAUGUGUUCUUUGACCGAUUUUUUCGCGAAAAACUGGUUCUCGAGAGCUUGGGCAUAUCAGGAGAUUAUCUGUGCCCCCAAUGCAACAUUCUCAAGCGGACCGCUGGACAUCAAUUUUGAGUAUGUGGGCAAUUUUGCGAGGCUAUGGGAGGCCCUGGGAUUCAAGUUCAACCUGUACUCUGUUGAGGCCCAGACCGCUUUAUCGCAAACCUCCCUCAUAGUAAUAAUAAGAGACCACUUUUUGUUGGAACAAAGGUCGGAACAUACGUUAUACAAACUUGCGAAACGCACUAGGCUUCGUCUGGCUACGGAUUCGAGAGACAAGAUAUAUAGUUUAAUUGCUAUUGCGUCCGACAAAAAUGCUCUACCCUUUCCGCCAACAUACGACAUCACGACUGAAGUACUAUUUGAAUCAUUUGCUGCUCACCGUGUCCGCUCGACACGAAGCCUUGAUAUUUUCGAGUGCUGUAUAACUCAACCUAAUGAGACGGACUGCGCAUCAUGGGUACCGGACUGGAGACAGUCUCAUGGCCUCAUCAUUGGAACUGGCAUAAAUCCUGAAAAGGAGCCAUUUACCGCGUUCGGUACCUCUUGCUGGGACCCAACAAACAUGAUCGAGAAUAGCACACUGGCGGUAGAUGGCGUUCGACUGGAUCACCUACAAGAUUUGCUUACCCCUCGCAUGAUUUAUCGAACCCUGCAUAAGAGAGAUUGGGUGAAUGACUACCUGCCAAUAUACAAAGACCGACAGUCCUUGAUCAACGAGUCAAUGGGACUGACCCAAAAAUCAAAGCGUUUCAAAUCCGACGAAGAAACUUGGCAAGCUUGGUGGCAAACGCUUAUUGGCGAAAAGAAAGAUGAAAUGGUUCGGGCAUCCGCUGAUUACGAAAGGCUGGUUAGGGCGUAUCAAAUGACCAUUGAUGGAUAUAUCAACGAGAACCUGGAUGUGGAAAGUCACAAUACCCUCGAAGAACUAAAAAUUGAGUCGCGUAUUAACUUAAUGGCACAUGAGCGCAGCUUUUGCCUGACGGCAGAUGGCCGCAUAGGUUGGGUGCCAAAAUUCUCAGUGCGCGGCGACAUCGUGAGUAUUAUGCGAGGAUCACCUGUACCUGUCAUCAUUCGACCAGCUGAAAAGCCGGAUCAAUACUACAUGAUCGGUCAAUGUUAUAUCCACGGCAUUAUGGACGGAGAAGCCGUUGCAGGAAGAGAGAAUCAAAUUGAAAAGAUGUACUUGGUGUGA